GAACUAAUACGUUUCAGUCAGAUGGGAUAUGGCCUGACUUCUAAAGAUGUCCGCAGUUUGGCGUAUAAAAAGGCAAACGAGAACGGUAUUCCCCAUCCGUUUAAUCUUUCCACUAAACUUUCUGGAAAGGAUUGGUUCAAGCAGUUUGUGCAUCGAAACCCUCCUUUGACAUUGCGGCAGCCAGAAGACACAUCGAUGGCACGUAUGAAAGGAUUCAACCGUGAGAGCGUCAAGAUUUUUUUUAAGCUGCUCGAAGAAGCUUUUGCAACCCAUAAUUACCCACCCAGCAGAGUAGCGAACAUGGAUGAAACAGCAGUUAGCACCGUACCUACAAAAACAAAUAAAGUUAUUGCGAAGAAGGGAGAAAGGCGCGUUGCUGGAGUUACUUCGGCUGAGCGGGGAAUCACCACAACAGUCAAAUUUUCAAUGUCAGCGAGCGGCAAUUAUCUGCCACCGACAUUUAUAUUUCCCCGUAUAAGGAUGCAAGAGUCGUGGAAAUGCGGUGCUCUGCAAGAUUCAAAGUUCUUGUGCUCUGCAAGCGGUUGGAGCAACAUGGAAACAUGUAACACGUGGAUGGAUCAUUUCAUAGAACAUUUCAAACCUACCGAAAAAGAUCCGAUGCUACUAAUAUUGGAUGGGCAUACAAGCCACUCCAGAAAUUUCAGUAUGCUUUCUAAUACAGUGAAUGCUUUUAUGAAGAAUAAUCCCGGACAGGUUGUAACAUUAAACAAUAUAUGCGCGUUGGUCAAAGAGGCAUUUGUUCGUACGGCUACAAUGGAAACUGCUGAAAAUGGAUUUAAAGCCACCGGAAUUAUUCCAUUCAAUCCCAACAUUUUUACCAGCAAAGACUUUGCACCAUCUGACGCGCUCGAAGCGCUUGCUCACGACGUCAACGAGAAGAAUACACCGAUCAUUUCUACUAGGGCCGAAACAAUUUCUUCGAAUCAAAGUUCAAACGAAGCUUCACUACUACCGGAAGAUGCACCUACGGCAGUUGAGACAGUUGACGGAAACCAAAUUUGUGUGGUGGAAGGUACAUAUUCGGAUUCGUACACAGUCCCUGCAGAAGAGUUCCAAUUGUGCAAUACUCAAGUAGUGGAUGAGUCAACAUAAGUGGAUUGCAAGGGAUCGACCUCAUCGAGACCAGUACGGAUGCGGAUACGGAACAUUGUAUUGACUUGUAUUACAUUGUAGGAGAAAAUGGACUAAUAUCAACGCAAUCGUACUCAGAAAUGAACGCUGAGCAUACACCACUUACCAAAGUAAUGACGCUGAACUGUACUCCAUCGUUGACCAGUCACGUUUCCAACUUGCAGAUGUCGUUUUCCGAACUCGCAUCGUUGAGUAACACGCAAUUGAUACCCAGCCGCGUUUCAAACUGGGAGACAUUUCAAACCGACCGACUCACCGAAGUUAUGACGUUGACCAACGCUCCACUGACGUCCAGCAGCAUUUCGAAUAGGCUCAUUGAGAUGAAGUCAACAACCAAACAAAAGCGAUGGGAUUAAGAGUGCAAUAUCAGAGCUGUUACAAUGACCAAAGGUUUUCGACCUUCGACACAAGGAGUCCAAGAAAAGUCUGAGAAUAAGAGGCCGCUUAAGCAAUCCAGAAAGAAGGGAGAAUCGGUUGAUCUGACAUCCGCUGCGUAUAGGAAAAGUUUGUUAAAAUCAACUGCUCAAAGGGAUCUGAAGCUACUCAAAAAAGCUUCAGCUGGUCGUAAAAGUGUACGGAAAAAUAAGCCCAUAAGCCCAAGGACAUCUCAUUCGAAGACGUCCUUUGUUACUAUUGUGGAGUUGUUUUUAGUGCAUCUGAAGAAGGAAACGGUUGGCUCAAAUGUAUUCUAUGUCAAGCAUGGUUCCAUGAAGAAUGUAGCACGACUAACAAGCUUUAUUUGGAAUGCGGUAACUGCAACUGAAAUUCCUAAUUACAUUUAAUGUAAACUCCAUGUUCUUCAAAAAAACAUAAUCAGGCUAUAUUUCUAAACACAUGUUUUUAAAAGGUAUCAUUCCACGAUCAAAAAUGUUGAAAAUGUGAAGAUGACUUAACAAAAAAAUGAGGAGAAACUAAACAUAAUUUCUGUUAAAAAAUAAAAAUAUGUAGUUCAUCUAUUUUUCAAAUACAUUGAUGACAUUUUGUUAAACUAUUUACCCUCACAAGACAUGUUUUUUUUAAUAA